GCUCGACCCGAUUCCCUAGAUACCUCUCGACGAUGCGAUCAAUCAUCGCCGCCAUCGCAUCAAAGGCUCAUAUCAGUCCGACAACGAAACGAGAUAAUUCGAUUUUUGCUAAUCCUGUGCCUGGCCAUAGAUAGGCGGAGUUGAUACGCGCUAUCUUUCUAGCCGGUCAGUAUAUAAGGUAAAUUGGAAGCCGGCGUGGCUUGACGGUGGGUGGCUCGAAAGGAACAAGGAAUUGCUCGCGACGCUGGGACGCAGUUGUUACCGAGGGAUCGCGAGGACGGUGCUCUAGCCAACAAACAGAAAUAGAGGUAUCCAGCAGGUGGCGUUUGAGUCUUUUAGGCAUGAUGAUCCGUGUGCUGACAGCAGGGGUGCUUGUCACCUUGCUGUCUGUGGGGCGGUGCGCCCGACAAGAGGCACACAUCACACUCAGUGUUGUACCCCAAAGGUUUGAGGUGAAAAUUGGACCCAAUCGAGGAGAUGCGAUCGCUUGGGGAAGCUUUGACAACCGGAUUACGGACACAGGUUUUGGAUACCUCGAGAUCUACACCAGCCAGGUAUUUCCGAGUCAGUAUCAAGCGUACGCCGCUGGGAUCCUUGAGGGUUACCUAACAAGAACCCUAAUUUCAAUGCAUUAUAAUAAUACAAUGCGAGACUACUGCAAAGGACAAACAUACUACUGUUUGAAGCUUUACGUUUUCCUUCAGAAGAACCUUGACUACAUUAACCGGAAUAUCAAACAGUAUCGAGAAAAGGAGCCUUAUUGGUUCCAGACCGAAUUGGCUCUUAUACAACUCAGUGGAAUCCAGGAUGCGUGGAGCGCAGUAGAAGGCGAGCGUUACUCACCCCACUUUGAUGGCUACACCCACAUAACGCCUCUAUUAUUUUUAAAUGUCGAUGGAGACCUUGAGGACCUCGAGCAAGCUCUAAGGUCCCCAAAAUUGCGACGCGUUCAUGGAGGAGGCCACUGCUCGGCCUUAGUAAAGAUGCUAUCCGACAACUCAGACUUGCUUGUCUCACACGUCACCUGGAACGACUAUUCAGGAAUGCUUCGAAUCCUUAAGAAAUACAGCUUGAACUAUACGCAGGUAUUUUUUGGAGGCGUUUCAGACAGGCAAAUUCCUGGAUCCACAAUGACAUUCUCGUCAAGCCCCGGAAGAAUCUUCUCUGGAGACGACUAUCACCUGAUUUCUUCAGGACUCGUGAGCAUGGAAACUACAAUCGGCAACUCAAAUCCUGCACUCUGGUCAAAAAUCACUCCCAAAUGCAACCUCGAAUGGUUAAGGACCAUUGUUGCCAAUCGUCUUGCUACUACAGGGGAUGAAUGGUCCAGAUAUUUCCAGCGCGAGCGCAGCGGAAGCUACAACAACCAAUGGAUGAUUGUCGACUACAAGAAAUUCGCUCCCGGACAGCCUAUUCAACCUGGAACCCUGACCGUCCUUGAAGAAAUCCCAGGAAUGGUAAAAUUCGCGGAUCAGUCCAGCGUACUUAAUAACCAGGGCUAUUGGCCCAGCUACAACAUUCCGUUUUAUAAGGAGAUCUACGAUGCAAGCGGCUGGGAAGAAAGCGUCAAAAGGUUUGGUGACUGGUUCACUUAUGAUCGUCACCCGCGCGCCAACAUCUUUCGCAGAGAUCACGUUAAAGUAAAGGACAUAGACUCGAUGAUGAAGCUCAUGAGAUACAACGACUUCUAUCAUGACGAGUUCUCCAAGUGCAAUUGCAGUCCUCCAUACUCUGCCGAAAACGCUAUUUCGGCCCGUAACGAUCUCAACCUACCAAAUGGAACAUAUCCGUUUAUGGCCCUUGCGCAUCGCUCCCAUGGUGGUACCGAUGCCAAAGUUACAAAUAUCAACCUUUUCAAAAAUCUCGAGUUCCUGUCAGUUUGCGGACCCACGUACGACCCAUUGCCGCCCUUUCAGUGGUCAAAAUCGGGAUUAAAUAACCUACAUGAGGGUCAGCCGGACCUGUGGACUUUCAAGCCGCAUGUCCACCAUUGGUCAAAGUAGCGGCUAUAAUGGCUAUGAUGGCUGAACACAUUGCUUCAGAUAAAUCUGCUUGUUGUUAUGAAUUGCCGCCAAAAAUGAACACAAAGCGUUAUAGGCGUGUGCUUAGCAAACGGAACCUGCAAUCAAAGAGUAAAACGUCAGUUCUUACCGAAUAAACGCAAUAAAAACAUCUUUACAGAAUAGUUAAUUAAUAUUAGUAUUAAGAUUAGAAGUAAUAUCUCGCGUCAAGGGUUUAAUAAUUUAACACGAAAAGCACAGACAGAGAUUCGAUGAUCGUUAUUAUUAUUGUGUAGCGGUAACGUGUUUGUUUGCUAAGAUUAGAUGCAAACGGUGGGAUAUCUAACGUAGGCCCGUUUCGUCUUCCAAUAGGAGGCGUCAGUCGUCUGAAACAAAGCCUUGAUGUAGAACUCGCAAUGCUUAUUUUAUUUACUCGUCUACUGAAACAAAGACCCACCCCAGUUUGAUUCUUAACAGUCUUUACUAAAGCAAUUUUUUGGAGCUUAGAUUGUGGGUUGCUGGGCCGUAGCCCAUUAGAUUUGUUUCGGUGAGAAGGUCUCAGGUAUGGCGCUUAUAUAUACUUCUAUCCGAAAAACUUACUUUAAUUGAGCAGAAGAGUAGAAAG